AUGCACUUCGCCACUUUCCUAUCCCCUCUUCUCCUUCUUACUCUCCCUUCUCUCGUCAUGUCCGAUCCAACACCUACCACCCCCAACCACGAUCUCGAUAUCAGGGGAUAUGGUAAAUGCUAUGAUCUCAAGACUCGUGAUCCCCAAACAUGCAAAUGUUAUCCAGAAUACGAAGAACCCAAAGAUCACGGUGGUUACUGGAAGAAACGACAAGAUGCCGAAGCUGAAGCUGAAGCUAAAAAAGGAGGAUAUCAUUAUGAAGAAUGUGUCUGUCCUGAUUAUCCUAAUACCGAAUUGGAUGGUGGAUACGGCGGUGGUGGUUGGGAAUGGAAGGGACAUGGUGGAGGAGGUCAUCCGAAAUGUGUUUGUAAAGGUGAUCAUCAAACUUAUAAUUCCAAUACACGAAAAUGCGAAUGUGAUGACGGGUACCAACCCUGGACCCCACCCAACCACUACAAACGAGGUGAGAAGAAAGGUGGUAACAAACACAAACUCAUCUGUAAACCUGGUCCUACCCAAUCUGCCAGUCCAGGUGGUUAUAAACGAUCACCCUCUCUCCAUGAAGCUGUCAAGAUGAGAGAACAAGAUGAAAGAGGAGUAGAGAAUCUCUUAGGAUGCAAGGACCAAGAGAAAGCUUGUGAAUCUCAUGGUUCUUGGAAGUGUGUCGACGUCAGCUCGUUACUUUGGUCUUGCGGUGCUUGUCCUGGCGAAGGUGUUGAUUGCGGAGCCGUUCCUGGUGUCUCCGAAGUCAGCUGUCAACAAGGACACUGUGUGAUUGAAUCUUGUCGAAGAGGAUUCACACUCAUUAACACUCCCAGUAUCGAAUACAUCAGUAACACCACUUGCGUAUCUAAGAAUGACCAAUCUCCAUCUAAAUCUUGGUUCGUAGCUCAAGUCAACUGA